UGGGGUUUGCUCGAUCGGAGUUGUUUUCCCUCUUACCCCUCUUCCGUUAGUCAUGCUGGCUAAAGGCUUGAAGCGCAUCGCCUCCGUUGUCGGUGCGCUGCUGGUCCUGAUCUUGCUAGCCCUUCAAUUGUACCAUCGCAACCAUUCCAAUGGAAAUAGUAGACUCCCUCUCAGUCCGACCCAUCCCAAUUCCAAUGAGAGCCCCAGUCCACCCCCCAGCGACAACCGCUGGGGUCGUCAAGAUGAGGACCAGCCCCAGAUAGACAUGUCCGCGACGCACACGGUGCUGUCGUCCGUCUCGACCCCGGACAAGAAAUGGUUCCACAUUGACUUCGGCGGCCGGCAUGCCAUCAACCCCAGUAUCAUCCCCCAUCCCGAGCAGCCGAACACAUGGAUUAUCACCGCGCAACUGCACAAGCCCUCCGACCAGCGCACCAGCUCCGUCUGGUUCGCCGAGUUAGUCUGCGACGCCGUCUUCCGCGACGACGGACGCACCCUCGGCUGCAUUGACCCGCCGCUGAUUCUCCCCAUCGCCGCAACCAUCGGCGACAGCAACAACUGCGUCGGCGACCUGUCCUUCUUCGCCCUGAACGUCGGGCCGCACGACGCCCGCGUCUUCUACGGCCCAGACGCCCCCUACACCAUCUACGGCUCCAACUCCCACUUCACCUGCUUCGGCCAAUGGAUCCAAGACCUCCGCCCGCUCGUCGACUGGAAGCGCCCAAUGGACCUCCUGUACGACCACGGCUUCCGCCAGGCCACCGAACUCCACCGGCCAUUGCCCUUCAGCGCCGUCGAAAAGAACUGGUUCCUCUUCUGGGACGCAACCGGCCAAGCCUACGUCCACUACGACGUAUCCCCGAACCGCGUCUUCGCAAAACUCGACCCCUCCGGCUUAGUCGGGCCCGACCUCGCCCCGCUGGCGUCCAGUACAGAUAAUAUCUGCCUCCAGCACCACCUCCCAACCCUAAAAGACCCAGAAUUCGAAUCAAUCCACCAAGCCACAAACUCCCUUUCCAUCACCCUCUGCUCCCGCUCCGACCUCUCCUGCCACCCCACGGACGCAAACACCUUCAUCCUCACCAUCUUCCAGCACAAAACCUUCUACUCCUUCCACAGCGUCUACGAACCCUACGCCAUGCUCUUCUCCCGCUCUCCCCCCUUCGCCAUCCACUCCAUCUCCUCCAAACCCCUCUGGAUAUCAGGCCGCGGCACCCCGGGCCAGGGCAAGAAGCCCCAGUCCCUGACCAAUCAAGAAGCAGAAUCAUGGAACCAGACGGAAAUGCUCUACGUGACCUCAAUCAGCUGGAAGGAUCACGGGAAUAAGUAUCAUGGGUAUAUAGAUGACGUGAUCUUUUUAGGGUUUGGGUGCGAGGAUGAGGAUACGGGGGGGGUUGAUGUUGUUGCUGGGGAUUUGGUGAGGGAUAUGGAGUUGGGGGGUUGUGGGGUUUAACUUUUUCUUUUUCUUAGCCUGGUGGUGGGGG